ACCCGCUGUGAGAGAACCGACUGGUGUGGAAACUGCAGUAAACUUGUUGAGUGCCUCAGAUCAGUUCAUUACUUACAUGAUUCACAGUUGGAUUUCUUAUUUAAAGACAGAGAUAAAACCCAGCAACUUUGUAUUCAUUGCUGGCGUACCGAUAGACGUGGGAAAAGGAUCCGAUCUGUUGUUGAUCUUUAGAUAAUUCAUCAUGAACGUGGCAAAAAGCGGUUAUCGUGUUUUCUCUGCAAACUCCACGCCGGCAUGCACUGAACUCGCUAAGAAGAUUACUGAGCGUCUGGGAGUUGAGCUGGGGAAAUCUGUUGUUUACCAGGAAUCAAACAGAGAAACCAGAGUUGAGAUCAAAGAGUCUGUUAGAGGCCAAACAAUCUUCAUCAUCCAAACCAUUCCCAGAGACGUGAACACUGCUAUUAUGGAGCUGCUGAUUAUUGCAUACGCACUGAAGACAUCUUGUGCCAAGAACAUCAUUGGUGUGAUCCCAUACUUCCCCUAUAGUAAACAGUGUAAGAUGAGGAAGAGGGGAUCGAUAGUGUGCAAGCUGCUCGCAUCCAUGUUAGCCAAAGCAGGCCUGACUCACAUAAUCACCAUGGAUCUACACCAGAAAGAGAUCCAGGGCUUCUUCAGUUUCCCUGUGGAUAACCUGCGGGCGUCUCCGUUCCUGCUGCAGUACAUUCAGGAGGAGGUUCCUGAUUAUAGAAACGCAAUCAUUGUAGCCAAGUCCCCAUCCGCUGCCAAAAGGGCUCAGUCAUAUGCGGAGCGUUUGCGUCUCGGUCUGGCCGUCAUGCACGGUGAAGCUCAGUGUUCAGAAUCAGACAUGGCAGAUGGGCGGCAAUCUCCUCCCUGCGUCCGCAACACUGGACACCCCGGCCUGGAGUUACCAUGCAAACAACAAGCUCCGUUCCCAGGCAUUGAGCUCCCAAUAAUGAUGGCCAAGGAGAAACCACCCAUCACCGUUGUUGGAGAUGUUGGAGGACGCAUCGCCAUCAUCGUCGAUGACAUCAUCGAUGAUGUGGAGGACUUUGUGGCAGCCGCUGAGAUUCUGAAAGAGAGAGGAGCAUAUAAGAUCUACAUCAUGGCCACCCAUGGCCUGUUGUCUGCAGACGCCCCACGUCUCAUCGAGGAGUCUGCCAUAGACGUGGUGGUGGUGACCAACACAGUCCCUCAUGAGGUGCAAAAGCUGCAGUGUCCAAAGAUCAAGACAGUAGAUGUCAGUAUGAUCCUGGCCGAGGCGAUCCGUCGCAUUCACAACGGGGAGUCCAUGGCCUACCUGUUCCGCAAUAUCACAGUAGACGAUUAGCCUACAAAUUAAUUUGUGUUAGAGGCAGAGGUGAGGUCCAGAGUUUGGGGAAACAUUUGCCCUUUUGUAAGGUGUGCCAUGCAAAAAGUUACCGUAAAUUCUAAAUUAAACUCCUUUUAUCCUCCAAAACAAUCAAAUAAAGUCCUAUUGACAACUUACUGAAUUGAUAUGGAUAUCUAACAUUAAUUCACUCAGAGCCUAGUGUUAACAGUAUACAUGCAAUGAAUCUCUCAUUCUUUGGCACACAGAUAUGCCUUCAUAAUCUAAUGCACAGAACUUAAUAUGCAAGAGUUCACUUACUUGAACUUCUGUUUUGCACCUUUAAAUUAUAUUCCACAUUAAAAAAUGUAGGUCUACUCUUAAGUAUGUAGAUUCUUUUAGAGUGAAGUUGGAUUUCAGUGCUUACCAGUACUUUUUGAUUCAUUUUGUUUUAAUUCUGCCAAAUGAAGGAGAUAUAAAAUAAAGGAAUAGUUCACCCAAAAAUAAAAAAUAAAGUUUUAUUCACCCUAAUGGCAUUCCAAAUCCAUAUAACUUUCAUUUGUCUCAACACAAAAGGAGAAUUUUUGUAGAAGAUCCUGGCUGCAAAAAUGAAAGUUAAAAGGUCAAGUCAAGCACCAAAAUGACAAAAAAAGAUUACUUAAAGUGAAUGAUGACAAAUUUGUAUUUCUUUCUGCACACAAAGCUAUCGUGUAACUUCAGAAGACUCGGAAUAAAGAGCAUGAGUCGAAUGGACUACAUUUUAAUGAAUAAAUUUUUUUUUUCUUUUUUCAUUUUGGGACUUGACAGCUCCAAGUUCUUCUUCACCAUUUUUGGAUGAACUAUCCCUUAAAUAUUCAUACUUGAUAUCUAUGGUGCACAGUAAGGAACCAGAAGAUUAUUGGUUUUUGGCCAUUUUGGUUGGUUGAUUUAUGCAUGAAUGUAUACUACAAAUCAAAUGAGCUUUAAAUGAACCAAGUACUGUGAAUAUUUCUCCAAUAAAGCAUCUGCACUCCUACAUAACAAUACUAAAGGGGGCAAAAAAUGCAUGUAAAACUUGUUUCAGUGUUUGGAAUAAUGCCGAUCUCUAUAUUUGCAGUGUAGUCUGGUGUAGAAGAUAAGACUUUGGUUUCAAACCUAAAGGGAAUUGAAACCAGACAAGCAAUACUAGGCUUAAUUAUCUGUGCAGAAGUGUUCAGCAUCAACUAAUUUAAAUAUAAUAAGAGCAGUUGGCUAGUUGUCAGUUUCAUCCACCCAAUCAGAUAAUACUUGCUUUUGCUUCAUAAUUUAUUCUUUGAAAAACAUGGACUGUAAUCCAACUAACAGGAAUGUAAACCCACAGAUAGCUACUUCAGUAGCGAUCUGUCGAGCAGGUAAAAAUUUCCCAGUGCUCCAGGUCUCUUUGAGAGUCACUGCUUGGUUCUCAGCUCCUAGAGCCACAGAUAUUUUUGCAGUAGUGCAAAUUUGGUCUUCGAUCCAGCCUUACGGAGGACAUACAUUUUUGUUAUAUUGUUCUGUAUUAUUUCACUGCUGUUGAUUUGCAAUCUUAUUUUUGUAAAUAAACACAAUGUAUUUGCUUCA